GGCUCGCUGCAACGUCAGACAUCGUCCCCGCGGUCGUGCCAUGCGCACUGGCGCUUGUUGUUGUUGAGCUGGUUGUUAUGGCUGGACGAGGCCUCGGACUAAACUGAGAGAGGACCCCCGCACCACCCCCCGUCUCUGCUACGGGACACCCCCGCCACCCCAUGGAGGGCACGGACAUGGACGUGGACGCGGAGCUCAUGCAGAAGUUCAGCUGCAUGGGCACCACGGACAAAGACGUCCUCAUCUCGGAGUUUCAGAGGCUGCUGGGCUUCCAGCUCAACCCAGCCGGUUGCGCCUUCUUCCUGGACAUGACCAACUGGAACCUGCAGGCUGCAAUCGGUGCAUACUACGACUUUGAAAGUCCCAACAUCAACACGCCGUCCAUGUCUUUUGUUGAAGAUGUGACAAUUGGGGAAGGAGAGUCAGUUCCUCCAGACACACCGUUCACAAAGACCUGGAGAAUACAAAACACAGGCGCAGAGUCGUGGCCACCUGGGGUCAGUCUCAAGUACAUAGGUGGGGAUCAGUUUGGGCAUGUAAACACAGUUAUGGUGAAGUCACUAGAUCCCCAGGAAAUAUCAGACGUGAGUGUGCAGAUGCGAAGUCCAACGGCUCCAGGCAUGUACCAGGGCCAGUGGAGGAUGUGUACAGCCACCGGGUUAUUCUACGGAGAUGUAAUCUGGGUGAUUCUUAGCGUAGAAGUCGGAGGCCUCCUUGGCGUGACGCAGCAGUUGUCCUCGUUCGAGACAGAAUUCAACACCCAACCCCAGCGCAACGUGCAGGGAGACUUUAACCCCUUCGCCUCACCGCAGAAGAACAAGCAUGACGCCACUGACAACAGCUUCAGAGAUCCCGGCGGAGCCUGGGAACGUACACAAGAGCCAAUCCAGCAAGAUCAAAAUGGACUGUCUCAUAAUGCUGUAAAUAGAGCAUCGAAUGGUCUCCAAACAAAUCUUUCUGUGGUGACAUAUGGUCAGGGUAUUCACGGACCCUAUCCAUUUGGACAGAGCUAGAAAGACAAAGACCCCAACCCCCUCCCCCCUACCCCCUCCCCCCCAGCCCCCCCACCUCAUGGUGAAUAAUGAGCAUAACACCCUUGGAGUCCUUAAGUGCAGAGGAGUCAGAGGCGGGGGGGGGGACAGUUGUUUUAUAUUGACUCAUGACAACCCUCUCCCCAACCUCAUGGCCCUUUCAAACUGGCCCACAAACUACAGUGGGGUGAUGGAUUACAUCCGCUACAGUGAAAACAUCCCACCUGACAACAACACCCGGAUUCGCAUGUGUGAAUGCUUCAUUUAAGAGUGCUAUAAACCCUUCGAAAACACACACGACUAUUUUUUAUUUCCACCGUAAAAACACGCCUAAUUAAAGGGAAAAUCAACCCUAAACGACCUGCAAUAUGAUUUGAUAUUCCCUCGUUCAAUUGAAUAUUUCUUUGGGGUUCCUACACAGAUCUAGAGAUGUUCGGAAAACUGUUGAGAAUAGUUUAAAAAAAAAAGAUUGUGAUCAUUUUGAGGCCUUUGGAAAACUGUGGGAUGUACAUUUUAGAUUGGAAAUCUUUUGUCCACCACACCCAACAGUCAUUACUACAAGCGUAUGGAUUAUUUUCCAGUUUUCCUGAAAGCCAUACAUCAGUUUUCAUGCAGAAACCCGGUGAACAAUGUGGAGUGUUAAUGACAAGAAAUAUGACUAGGUAAAUAUCGGAGCGUUAACAUUCACAAAAGACUAAUACUAAAACACAGAAUUACUCGUUUUUGGAUAAAUCUGGAUGGCAGAGAUGGUAAAGAGUCCUGUGUUUACAUCUUGUGUGCACUCACGUCUUUGGACAAUUCAAAACGGUUGGAAGAUUUGUAUUUGACUGAAGAUUAUGAUUAGAUGUGCAUCAGUCAGAUUGAAUGAAAGGCUGAAACAGCUUGUUACCGGUUUUAAGAAAAAAAAUGCUUUGAGAACAUACAAUUUACUGUAAUGCUUCAAAUAUUUUUACAAUGGAGAAUAAUUCGAUUUGUGGCUGAGAAGUUGCCACCAAUAUUUGUCUUUGUAUUACAUUUAUUACUCAUAAGAUACUGCUGUAAUACUGCGUUCACCCUUUCAGGACAAAACUGAGCAGGACCAAGAUUUCUGUGGCAGGUUAGAUAACACAUAUUGACCUGUUUGUGUCAGCCCGACAUAAGUGCCAGUGUUUCCUGAUACUUCCUUGACACAUUUGAAAUGUAGCAACACGCUAACAUUACACUCCGAGGUCGACAGUCUGUGUAGUUAAAGUAACAAAUAAAAUCAAUGUCUACAAUAUGUGAAAGUCGUAUUAGUAUCCAGACGCACAAGUGGCCAAUAUUCAAAGAAAAGCAUCCCUGUGUAGGAACCCUGUCUCUCCCAAAGAUGAAAUCCAGAGAACCACGACACUAAUCUAUUCUGUCAUCAAGUCACACUGCCUGCAGCUUCCCGAUUCAGACUGCAUGGAACGUGUGUUUUUUGUUUUUUCUUUAUUUUUUAUUUGUUUGCUGUUUUUUUUUAGGGUGGAUUUUCGCUUUAAAUAGAUGCUGAAGCGCAAAAGGAUGUGAGUGAGUCUGAUCAAGUGAGGUGUGAGGAAGGGUUGAAAAAGCCAUCUAAAUCUAUUUUGCCUGAUGAGUGACUGUAGUUUUCAGAGUCCAUGUCUACAGUACGUGUACUUGAUAUGUGUGUGUCUCUGUCGGUGUGCGCGCGCCUGUUCUGUGUGCAUGUACGUUAUUGUUUCUCUUUGGAUUUAACUGACAUAAAAAAAAAAUGGUGUAUACUACUUGGGCAAAGGUUGACGUGUCUGUUCACACACACACACACACACACACACACACACACACACACACACACGGAUAUUGAGAGAGCUUUUGCUGGGCGUGUACCUCUGAAGUAUUGUCGAGUGAUUCUGCACCGUUUGAACUGACUCACUAAUUGCCCUGUUAUUUAUUUGCUGUCUUAUUGUGCACUGCAGAUGCAAAGAGUCCCAUUUACAGCCAGCAGGUGGUGCUAAAAAAAAUCAGAUGACCAACUUGACCUGACAUCAUGUUGAGAGCAUUGGAUAAAUAAAAAAAGGUGAUAAGUUGAUGUUUGAUUGUAGUAAUCAACAAUUUGAAUAUGAAAAUUAAUGCUUUGCAUCAGGAUUAGCACUGAUGUUCCUAUACUGCUAUUUGCACAAUGCUGUCCACUUGUGAUGAGCAAGUGUUUUUUUUUUUGUUUGUUUUUUUGGCUGAUUAUGAUACCAGCAUUUUUCCAGAAGGUUUUAUUGAUUUGUUUCUCCCCUUAAAGUUCUUCACAGCUUUAAGGUUUUGUUGCAUAAUGUUAACCAUAAACAUUUUAAACAUUAGUUUCCUCACUGCACCCAUGUCUAAUCUUAAAAAAAAAAAAGAUCAGUUCAUGUUUAUCUCGAUCACACAUUUAGGUUUUUACAUAUCCGUGAGUGAGUUACUCUCUGUCUGCUAUCACACCUGAAUUUACUUUAGCUUUGCUAUGUUCAUUAUGUCAGACAGUGGACUUCAUCAUGUAUUCUGGGCUUGAAAAUAAAACAGGAAAUGUUGAUGGAACCAUGAUAGUGUUACUUUUUUUUCCCCCCCAGGCAAGAGUUAUUUGUAUUAUUCCAAAGUUUAAUUUAUCAAAUGUCAUUCAUGAUAUCUGAGUUCAUUGCUUAUGUGAUGUAAAAACAAUUCACCAGCAUUCUGUGUUGCAGUGCUGCUGUAUGUCUGUUGAAAGUCAGCUGAGAGUCCUCCUCCCAAACAGUAUACACUGUUCUGCAUUGCUUCUUUUAGUUACGUCAGUGUGUGUGUGUCUGUGUCUGUGGGGGUGUGUGUGUGUGUGUGUUUCCUUCUUGUGAGCCUGCUUGUGUGCGAGAAAGAGACAGAUGGUGAGAAAUCUGAAUAUUGCUGGAUUCAUUCUCUACUUUUAGUUUGUGACUAUGUACGGAUCUGAGAUGGGUGGCAUGGUGAGUGGAUGAGAUGAAAGUUUACAUAGUCCUAAAAUAGCACAUUUAUCUGAAGAGAAACUGUCAAAAUAAAGUUGUUUUUUUUCUCCUGUAUCUAUAAUUAAGCAUUUGUAUGAUUAAAUUAACACUGAAACAAUGA